AUGGAGGGAAUUGAAUUCCAUCAUGAUGGUGAAAGUAGUUCCAGUUCAAUAAACAGGGGUCGAGAAAUUCAAUCUUCAUACAUGGGAAAUAUUAUUGAACAAAUUGAUAUGGCUUCAAGUGAACAUAUUGAGUUGUUGGAUAGUCGUGAAACUGAAAUAAUAAGCGACCCUCGACAUGAAUUUGUUGUGGAAAAACAUAUUUACAAGGAUAAAGAAAUACUCAAUGCAGUUAUGAGGCAAUAUGCCUUUAUGAAGCAGUUUCAAUUUCGAGUGAAAAGGUCUGGUACAAAAAGCUAUCAUCUCGUAUGCCCUGGUGACAAUUGUUCAUGGUGUUUAAAGGCCUCAAGUCUAAAUGAGUCAAGGCUUUUCAAGAUUAGGAAUUUCUGUGAUGUGCACACAUGCUUGUUAAAGGAUAGAAUUUAUGAACAACGUCAAGCAACUUCCAAUGUCGUCAGCAUUAUUAUAAUGGAUAAGUAUGAAGAUCCAAAAACAAUAUACACACCCAAGGAUAUAUCUAGGGACAUGAGGAAACAACAUGGUGUAACAUUGACCUACAUGCAAGCUUAUAGAGCGAAGCAAAAGAAGACAUAUCCGGGAUCGGUUGUAAGAUUGGAAAAAACAGAGGAAGACAGUUUCUUGUAUACCUUUGUAGCACUGGAAGCUUGUAUUAGAGGAUGGGAGUAUUGCAGACCUAUAGUGGUGGUUGAUGGAACCCAUCUUAAAUCAACUUACAAGGGGACUAUGCUAAUUGCUUGUACAUUGGAUCCAGGAGGUAGUAUACUAUCGCUUGCAUAUGGUAUAGUUGAUUCCGAAAACGAUUCAUCUUGGACAUGGUUGUUUGAGCGGUUCAGGGAUGCUUUUGGUGAGAGGGAGAACAUGUGCUUUGUGUCGGACAGGCAUGAAAGUAUAUGGAAUGCGAGUGCAGCAGUGUACCCUGGGCUGCCUCAUUAUGCCUGUAUUUGGCAUUUGUGGAACAAUUUAAUUAAGCAAAGCCACAGAAACAAAGAGCAGAUGAGGAAAUUAUACUAUGCAAUGGCUAAGGCAUACACCCUCCAAGAGUUUAACGAAUGCAUGGGAAGGGUGACCAAAAAGAUAGGAAGCUGA